UCCUUCUAGGGUCAACUAGCAAGCGCGAUCCGACCGCACCUCAGCCGAGAAGGGCCUGCUCUUCGUGCUAGGUUCAAUCGCGUCCAACACUACCGACAAUGGACUCGUACACGUCUUUCCGGGAGGCCCCAGCUCGAUCGCCAGUUGAGAGAAGCUGGAGUCGCGAUGAUUCCCGAACCAGAGAGGACCGAACCGAUCCUUUCUACCGCGGGAGAUCUCCUGGUCACGAACGCCGUGAACGUCGACGAUCCCGUUCCCCAGCAGCCGUCGAUCGUUACGAGCCUAGAUCCCGUCGAGAUGAUCGAGACCGAGAUGACCGACGUCGCAUUGGUUCGCCUCCUGCGAACAUCGACCGAUAUGUCCCGGGCCAAGAAGCCAGCGCCUCCGCUGCGGGCGGCAUGACUGCAAAUCCUCUUGCCGAUCCUGUCAAGCUCCCCUACCAAGUUGGCUUCUCCUACUUCGGAGAAUGGUGGAGAAUGAAUGAGAAGAUCAAGGAAGAUAAGGAGAGGGCCCGCACCGGCCGUCGGCGCGAGCCAGAAAGAGUCCGCGGCCCCCGAGAAGCACAAGAGGAACGCGAAAAAGAAAAGGUCAAGAUCCAGGCUGCCUACGAUACGUACAAGGAGGAACUACAGGCCAAGAUGGCACGCACCUUUGUAUCCGAACACAAGAAGGAACAAUGGUUCAAGGAAAGAUACGUGCCAGAGAUUCGUGACGACUUCCGAGGAAAGCUCAACGAAUCCCGGCGAGGAGCCUACACUCAGUGGGAGCAAGAUCUGGAGUCUGGAACGUUUGACGAAUUUUCUCUCGAGGGACUCCCCAAGAGCGAGAGCAAUGGCGCUGGUGGUGUUGUGGAGAAGGAGGAAGGUGAGGCAACUGCUACAAAUGAAAUUCUCGGAGUCGGCGACCUUGUUCCAGGCAAUGGUGCGGACAUCCGGGAUGAGAACCAGUUCCAACCGACUCUUCUCAUCAAGACAAUCGCGCCCCACGUCAGCCGCCAGAAUCUCGAGGCAUUCUGCAAGGAACACCUUGGUGAGGAGGAGGGUGGCUUCAAGUGGCUUUCCCUGUCCGACCCCAACCCCAGCAAGCGGUACCAUCGCAUUGGAUGGGUGAUGCUGCAUCCUUCCUCAGAGACCGCCAUCCCUAUUGAUCGUGUCGAUCCCAAGGACGAAGAUGGCGAUGAGCCGAUAUUGUCGCCUCAGCCGGUCUCCACUGCUGACAAGGCCCUCGAUGCCAUCAAUGGUAAGACCGUAAAGGAUGAGGUCCGUGGUGACUUUGUCUGCCAUGUGGGAGUCCACAACCCCCCUGUUCAUCCUCGAAAGAAGGCGCUCUGGGAUCUCUUUUCUGCGCCUGAGCGCAUUGACAAGGAUCUCCUGCUGGUCCAGCGUAUUGUCAACAAGUUUGAAGAGGACUUUGGCUCGGAUUUCCAGGCGACCUUGAAGAUCGAAGAGAAGGUUGAAGAUCUGAAGAAUGCCGGCCAUCUUCAACCUGCCGUGGCCCCGACCCCUCAAAAGAAGGUCAAGAAGACCCGAGAGGUUGGCAUGGAUGAAGCCAUGGAUGAGGAGGAGGAUGGCAUCAUCGACAUCGAGGAGGAAGAGGAGGAAGAGGGAGCCGUUGAUGACGAGGAGGAGAUCGAUGAUGAGGAACUCCUUGUCAAGAAGAAGACACUCGAUCUCUUGAUCGAAUACCUUCGCCGUGUCUUCAACUUUUGCUUCUUCUGUGUCUUCGAAAGCGACUCUAUCCACGAGUUGACCCGAAAGUGCCCCGGUGGUCAUCUCCGUCGGCCUCGCACCACACUCUCGUCCUCGGCUAGAGCAGUUGCCAGGGCGAGUGCAAAUGGAGAGCCCUUCCCAGGCAAGAAACGCAGCGAGGCCGCUGAAGAAGCCGAGGGUGAUGGCAUUGAUGGGGAUAAGAAGUUCCGCAACACGUCUAACAAGACUGAGCAGCAACUUCUUCGGGCUUACAACUGGGUCAAGACCUUUGAGGACAAACUGACACAAAUCCUGGAACCACAGUCGGUGGAUAUUCGCAAACUGGGUGGUCGUUCAGCUGAUGAGGCAGUUGAGGAGGAGCUCUUUAAGCAUGUGAAACAGGAGGACGAGCACAAGUGGAGGUGCAAAGCCCCAGAAUGCUCAAAGCUGUUCAAGGAGGAACACUUCUGGAAGAAGCACGUUGAGAAGCGUCAUGCCGACUGGCUUGAUAGCAUGAAGCAGGAAUUCGAGCUCAUCAACGCCUAUGUUAUGGACCCUGCCCACAUCGCUCCCUCCAGGACCGACGCCAACUCGAACGGCCACUUCCCGCCCGCAAAUGGCCAGGCGACCACUGGAACUCCUCGUGGCUUUAACCUGCAGAACUUUUCCAUGAACGGCAUGAUGGGAAUGCCAGGGUUCCCAAUGGCUCCAGGCAACUUCCCCCCCAUGUUUGCUGGCAUGCAGGCUGGUGGAUGGAACCCAAUGGGUGAUGACCGCUCUGGAGGCCCGAUUCGACGAGGAGGCAUGUCUGGCGGUGGUAGAGGUGGCCAGUAUCGCUCUGGGCCCUACGAUCGCCGUGGCGGCAAUCGAUGGGAUGGAGGUGGUGGUCGAAACCGCGUGGGAGGCUCUCGUUGGGGAGAUGGUGCGGGAGGUGCAGCGGGAGGGCCUCGUGAAGCCGUUCAGGGUCGCAGUCUCAAGAGCUACGAAGAUCUGGAUCAAGUUUCAGGCGGCGGCGGUGGAGAGCUCAACUACUAGAUUGGUUUUGGAGAUCUGAGGAGCAAGGCGCCGAAGGGGGAAAAUCCUCAAUGCGUUGACUUGUACUUUUCCACGCCGCGGCGAGUGGGUUCCAGGGCCACCCGGCAUUUCGGGUUUGUCGAAGAGGUUGCCAAGAGGGUAGGGAGGCGCCUGGAAGCCCGUGUAGAACAUCUCGUAAUUGCUUUUAGCAUUUUGGUUUGCAAAAUCUAUUUUGGGGGAAUCGCAAGCUACAUUCAAAGGAGAUCUCGUAUUUUGCUAUUCUUUAGUCAAAAAUUCAGACAGCUAUCAUUGCUCAGAA